GUUUUCUCAAACCAUUUUUUUAACCGCAAAAACAAAAACUGAACGCGACGGCGAUUUAGAUUCAGAAAGCGACGGCGAAACUGAAUAAUGAACCCUAAUUUCUAAGCGACGGUGAGCCCUCCUUGAACACGUUUAGAUUUCGAUUCAGAAUUUGACUUCUUGAACGCGAUUCAGAUUCACGAUUUCCUGUCCUCCGCAUUCGACUCCUUGAACGCGAAGAACCCUAAUCCCUAAUUCACGAUUUAGAUUGCAGUUCGAUUCGCGAUUCAGAUUUCAGUUCAUGCUUGUUUGAUUUCCUCGCAUUUACAGAAUCACUGUAGAUUGGUUUGUCAAAAGCAGAACGGCGCUGAGGGGAAGUUAAAAAGAGGGAAGAGAAAGAAGAAAGAAUGUCGAGCAAGAAGAAACGCAAACAAAGCGAUAGCGAUGAAUAUGACGACAUUUUUUUCUACCGAUACUGUGCUUCAUCGUCAAACAAUAACCAAGCUCAGAUCCAAGCCCAUGUCCAAGCCCAACCCAAAUCAAACAACAGAGAAUCAAGCGUUGGAGGAACAGGAGAACCAUUAGCACCAUCAAAAUCAACCUUAUACGUUUCAAAUAUAGAUUACUCGCUAACAAACUCCGACCUACACACUCUCUUUUCAACUUUCGGUAAAAUCGCCCGUGUAACCGUUCUUAAAGACCGUCACACGCGCCUCAGCCGUGGUGUUGCUUUCAUCCAAUUCGUUUCCCGUCACGACGCCCAACGUGCUGUAACUGAAAUGAACAAAAAAAUCCUUAAUGGACGGACAAUAACCGCCUCUAUUGCUGCUGACAAUGGACGCGCACCAGAGUUUAUUCGCAAGCGCGUGUAUAACACGGAAACUGCCUUGUGCUUCGAGUGUGGGGAACAUGGUCAUUUAUCGUAUGAGUGUCCUAGGAAUCAGUUGGGAUCGAGGUCGCGGCCUCAGCCUAAGAAGCCGCGUCGUGGGCUCAACUGGAACAAGGACAUAGAGGAGGAGGAAGAUGAAGAGGAAGAGGGUGGGGAUCGGUUUGAUGAAACAUGGGCUUCUGUGGUGGAUGAUGGAGCGUGUGAGAGGUUGUUGGGUAGGAAUGAGUUUAGAUGAUAAGUAGAGGAAGAAGAAAUGGAAGAGAGCUGGGUACUUCAGUGAUGAGAGUGGUUAUGAUGAUGAUUAAUCGAUCAUGUACAUGGAGCAUUGAUGGAAGGUGUGUCUAGUAUCUGACAUCUACGGAUGUGGUUAUAUUAAAUUACUUAUAGGCUUUUACAUUACUACUGGUGUCGACGCAUCAAUGUCGUGUUGUGUUCAGUAGUGUUAGUUAUUGUGGUAGUCAUUAGACGGUGAAUUCAUGAUGAGCAUUUUUGCAUUGGCUCUAUUUCGGUAACUGAUGAAUGAUGGAUGUGUCUCUUAUAUAUGGGCUUAAUUUAGCAUUCGGUAUACAUAUAGAACAAAUGAAAUAUCCUGUCAUGCCUGUUUGGUUUUUAAAUUGCAAUUGUGGUUAUGCUACGAUGUUUGAUAUGUAAAAAAUUGUAGUCAAAUGUAGCUGAUGCAAAUGCAAUGCUGGAUUGUACGCA